GAACUGUAUAUGCACCGAAGAUUACAUAUUGGCACACUGUUGGUUUCUAAUUUUGCAGCUCAGACAUUAGGGCUGCCGUUCGUGCCGCCGUACACGUACGGCGGAGAAAAUGGGGAAUUGCAGGGCGGGGGUUUCAGCAAAGGAGUGAAUUUUGCGGUGGUUGGAGCGACGGCGCUUGGUUAUGAGUUUUACGAGAAAUUAGGAUUCCAUAAUCCGGUUACGAAUGUGUCUCUGGGAACUCAAUUGGAUUGGUUCAAACGUUUCUUAUCCACAAUUCCUGAUGGUAAGAAAUACCUCGAAAGGUCUUUGGUUGUGGUGGGAGAGAUAGGCGGCACCGAUUACAACCAUCCACUCGGUCAAGGCGCAACUUAUGAUGUUAUUCAAUCAUUCGCUCCAGCAGAGCUGAUUAAGCUUGGUCUUCAGACAAUAUUAGUGCCUGGAAAUCUACCAAUAGGCUGUUUGCCUGUUUACCUAACACAAUUCAAGAAAUCGAGUGCCGUAAACGAUUACGACCCGAAAACCGGAUGUUUAAAUUGGCUGAACAAGUUUGCUAGGUACCACAAUAAGCUACUCAAGAAAGAAUUGAAACGUAUACAAGAGCUAAUUCAUCCUGAUCAGGUCGACAUAAUCUAA